AUGAAACAACUCAUGAGUGGGUUUUUUCAUGUGAAUGGUUCAGCAACUGUGGUGGCAACAGCACGAAGAGCAACGUCCUCACCAGCAGCAGACGGCUCGAUUAGCGACAGACCGCCUUCCGCGGCGUACAUCUCCCUUGCCCAGCCGCAACUGCUCAGACUUUCGCGCUCUUGCAGACUGGCGAACCAGGCUGCCGCACAAGCCCCCUGCAGGUUGCCCCGUCGAAGCCUCUGUCUCGAUGCAGCAUGCCGCAAAACUUUCUUAGCCACAAAAAUCCCAGAACCCUACAGCAGAUCUGUUGCUGCAGGGGCAGCCGCUCGUGUCGGUGCCCCCAGGGGACACCUCUCUUCCUUCCAAAGGGGCCGCUGGCUUAUGACAGGCAAGGCAGGAGCACGCGAUCCCCCCGAGAUCGAAGCAUCAGCAGCUGUCGAGCUGCAUCCGAGACACUCAAUGACAGGGGACGUGGCUGUCGCGGCUGCACGCGUGAGGGAGGUCUCGGUAGGAGCCCCUCUUGCCGUGACAGAGCUCUCGUUCGAUUCUCUGGAUUCCACGCAAAAGUGGGCUGAACGGCAUCUUGAUGAGCUGGUGUAUGUACACCUGCUAGGCGCACAGCAGCAACAGCAGCAACAGCAAGAUAUAUGGGGCUUGGGGGAUCGCUGCUUAUGCAUCACUGCAACGCAGCAGACGGCGGGUGUAGGUACGCGCAGCGGCGAGACUGGUGAGGAGCGGCGGUGGGUAUCUUCAGCGGGGAAUCUGCAUGCGACGUAUGUUUUACAGUGGCCGCUGCAGCAUCAGCCGCUGCUGCUGCAUCUUCCCUUUGUCGCUGCACUCUCCGUGCUCCGCGUGCUGCAGCAACUCGGAAUUGAGGGGGCACACAUCAAAUGGGUAAACGACGUUCUUGUGGGCAAUAAAAAGAUUGCAGGCGUUUUAUGUCAAAAUACGAAUCGAGCUGUCUCUGUGGCGGGGGCGGCAGGUGCUGCUACUGCUGGAAGUGCGCCUGAAAAUGUAGUCGCUGCUGCGGGAAGCGCUCAGAGAGAUGCGCUGUUGGUGCUGGUGGGUAUUGGCAUUAAUAUUGCCAAACACCCUCGAGGUCCCAUGACUGACUGCUGCUACCAGGGCAGCACGGAUGUGUGUGAAGCGUUGCAGCAUCAACAGCUGCAGCAGAAGCUGCUGCAGCAGCAGAAGCAGCGACAGCAGCUGAAAGAAUGCUCCGCCGAACUGCAUGCGAAAGUGCAGUGUCCUGGUGCGAGUUUCCCAGAUAAGAAAGAAGUUAGGAAUAGAGGCGGAAUAGAGGCCGAUCCGCAGGCGGCGCUAUAUACACAAGCUGGCAUAUGGCAAAGGCCGGAAGAUAGAGGGCAAGACACGUUCAGAGAACGGGUUCAAGGCAGAGUCACGCAAAGAGGCACAGAUGCAAAUGCGACAAAGUACCUGGUAUAA